ACUUUGUGAACGGUCCACCCGAAACGGUAGGCGUGGCAUGCACGCUUUGAUUUUGUCCGCAGUAUUCGGUUCUUCCUGGAGGUGGUAUAAACACGAAAUCAUUUUAGUAUGAUGAUAAUGUUUUUGAUAUUGAAAGGUGAAGCUAACGAACAGUUAUCAAUCUCACAACUCCUAUAAGCAAUACAAAAUAGAUAGAUGGGCAAACACGGACCCCUGGACACACCAGAAGUUGGAUCAGGUGCCUAGGAGGUGUAAACAUCCCCUUUCGACCGGUCACACCCGCCUUGAGCCCUAUCUCUUGAUCAGAUCAACGCAGUUAUCCGUAGUCAAAAUCAUAGUGCCAAGAACGGCCUAACAAUCGGUAUGAAACACGUCAGACAGCAUAUGACCCAAUGAUAGGUUGUAUUGGCAAAUUAGAUCGUUAUAACGACCAUAGAAUUUGCGAAAUGCUGACUUUAAACGAGACUGUUGAAAACCCUGCACCAUAUUCUAAUCUAAAAAGUUGAAAUAUAACUGACAAUGAUCCAUUUUAAAAUGAUUAUUCACGGCCAAUGUGUUAAAUUGCUCCAUUUAAAUAUACAAAAACAAAUCAUUAAAAAAUCAAAACUUUCAUUUGUUACUUAUGUGUCCGAGUAGUUAUUUUGUUCGGUAUUCUUUUGUUUAGAGGUCACGUGAUUUGGAGAUACGUAUGAAAGUCCGCGCACGCACGCUGUUCUCUCAUAUGCAGUUCGUCAAUGUGUUGACUAUAAUGAUACGCCGUAUGUAAUCAUCAGAUUUACAUGAGUGAAGCGGUAGACUGGUUUAGAUAUAUACAGAUAUCUACAAGCCAGUCCAUGGGGUUUUAUUUCUACCUACAUGGGUCACACUUAUUGAUUCAAUGACUUACUAAAACAGUUACAGGAUGGAUGACAUUCCCCGUGUAUCAGAAGUCUUGUACGUGGGUCUGUGUCAUAAGAUAGGGACACCGACAGAAGUGACCGUCAGAAGGGACGUGAAGGACAUGGACGAAAUGAUAAUGAAACCUAGACAGAUAUAUAAUGGAGAGAUACGGAUGUUAAGUGGUAGUUAUAGGGAGGGAUUCAGGUUUGGAUCAUCGGACAGGGACUAUAUGUACUGGCAUUGUCACCAUAAACUAAUAAACGAUAUCUCACAGGCCAGGCUUUACGAUAGAACAAAACACGACAUUAUACUGAUGGAGGACAGUGAUACACCGCCUGGGUUUGUCAAACUACAGAUUCUAACAUGGCCACGAAACAAUUGCACUGCAUCAUCAGCUGUUCCAGUCAGUGACAGGGUUUACAUGUCAAGUUUUCUACAGCAACAAGAAACAAUCGGAAUAUUUAAUGGGUUAAAAAGUCACCAGAGAGUCACUAGUCACGGUCCUUGUGCUAACACUUAUGUCGGAUCUACUGAAUAUGACCAUGUUUUUUGUAUUUCUGGGACACAUUGGCCUGAAUUGACACUACCUUGGAUUGAAAGAUGUUUCCGGUAUACUUGGCCUCCUAAACCUGUGCUUGAAGAAAUUUUAAAAAAUGGAUAUCACUGUGUUCCAGUAGGAAGUAAAAUUGUUUCAAGUGGAAACCUAUUAGAGUGGAGAUUGUCGUUCUCUCAAGCCGAACAAAAACUAGUGUCUACCAUGAAUCAUACACAAUUUUUGGUUUACGGACUUCUGAAAAUAUUUCUAAAGGAGAUAGUCAACCAUGGCGUGGAGGAACCAUUACUGUGUUCUUAUUUCCUGAAAACCACCCUGUUCUGGAUGAUACGGGAGGGAUCUCUUGAGUGGCGCCCUAACAAUUUACUGAAUUGUUUCUGGAAGUGUUUUAAAUACAUCAUUCACUGCGUUUAUCGUGGUGUGUUCCAGAAUUUUUUCAUCCCACAGAACAAUAUGUUUAUUAACAAAGUUGUAGGUGCUGCUCGCACGGCCUUAUUGGAACAGCUUUAUGAUUACUUCAAUGUGGGCGUGUCCUGUCUCCUGCUCAGUCCAACCCUCAGGUCCAUCUUAGAACCAGCCCUCAACAGUCUGACCUUAGUGAUUCCCUCUGCUGAAGGAUACAAUAAACCUGUUGUAGAUUUGGAUGCCAGCGCGUGGAAGGAGAUACUUACAACGUCGGUUUACGUUGGGAAGUUAUCUCACCUUUUCAUUAUAUUGUCAACAGUAGACAAUUUAUCACGCUUAUCACUCUCACCAUACCAAGCAUUAACAUUACAGUAUUCUACAGCUGAGGUACUCGUUCACAUGGCCUUCAUGAUGGUAAAUAGCACUUCAUACAACACACAUAAAAAUGUGUACAAUUUAGACAGAAUUGUCUGUAACAUGUUGAAACUGACAUCAAGGAUAGGCCCUGUGUCCCAUUCACUGUAUCUCGCCCUGUAUUACUAUAGAACAGGUAGAUAUAAUGAAACACUCCGUGUGACUUACCUCACUAAACAAAGACUCUCAGAGCCCUACAUCCUGCAAAUUUACGGUUAUGUAGACAGCCAGAGAUACAGUGAGGCUGUAGGUAGUCUGUCUCUGUCUAGGAAAAUGAAAACAGCCUGGGUAGACAAUGUGAUGUUAAGAAAUGCAAUCCAGUAUAUUGAUGAAUUAAUCUUAGAACAGGAAGUGGGUAAACAAAGCGAUCAAAACGUCUUAUACAUUCCCCCCUUUGUGUUGACAGACAUGCUGUUGGUGUUAUCUCACUACAGAGUAGGUAACAGAUCCCAGUAUCUACAGUCACUGACAGACCUACACACCCUGCUGCUCUAUGAUGAUGGCAGAUAUGUACCGUUACACUGCAGGGACCUGUCCUGGCAGAUACUGGGGAUCUGUCAGCAUGUUGUGGGGGACUUACACGGGGCGUGACAGUCUUAUCGAGAAUCACUCAGACAAGAACAAAUCCACAACAUAAAGACAGCUACAGAAAAUAGAAUAGUGUUUGUUGAACGUCAAUUACACAGGAAUAGGCAAUCAUAAAAGGAUGUAAUCUACAAAGAAAUCAAAUAAUGCAUAUUUCAGUUUGCGUUUCAUUGCGGCCAGAUCGUAGUUCUAUAAACAACCUUGUCUACACAAUUAAAUUGACACAAUCUACAUUAAAAGCAGACCAUCAGCACAUUGGGAUAUCAUUUCAUCUACAUGUAUCACCAGAUGUUGUUAAAGUUUUGUUCCCUACUGUGACCCAUCAUUCCUGUACAUUUCUUAAAUCUUCCGAAACAGAAUGUUCAGUUGUGAUGCUGUCAUCAUGUAAAUAUUUCUGCACUUCUACAAAUAGUCUAAUAGAAAGUGACAAUUUUCAAUGCUAACAGUUUAUUUUUAAAUGUGAAAGACUCCAAUACAUGUAUAUAUAUAUAUAAGACCACCCCCAUAGACCGUUACAAUAUAUAUGGUACAAACUCUCUAAACCAUAGUCAGUAAACACGCUUUACAACGAAACCACCACCAUUUUUAUCACUCAGUACAAUAGUGUAUCACUCUUGUCACCAAUGUAGUUUAUCGAUACUUGUCGUUUUUGCGUGUUAUUUGUUUAUGUAAUAUAUGUCUCUUGAUAAAGACGCGGGUUGCGUCGAAAAUUUGAGUUUUAAAUAACCAACAGUGUCGUGGCCUAUUCAGUGCUUUUAUAUAUAUAUAUAUAUAUAUAUAUAUAUAUAUAUAUAUAUAUUGUAACGGUCUAUGGGGGUGGUCUUAUCUUUCGUGGUAAGGCUUGCGUUACACGGCUCAACCUGAGCCUAGGAGGGCUUGUGUGGCACAGUGGUUCAAAAUUUAACACCCUUAACUUCCUAUUUCGCAACACUGAGUUAUCUCCCUUGAAUCAUCAAUUUUUGAUUACUUCUUAUUUUUUUUCUUCUUUAUGUACUGCACUUAAGUUUUGUGUUUAAAGUGGCAUAUAGGCCCGAUGGGCCGGGUGUUUGAUUUAUGUUUACACUGUCUGUUAACAUAAUGUUUGUGAAUAUACACAUGUCACUAUAAAUAAAUAAACUACUACUACUACUACUCAACUCUAUAACUCACCACUGCCUAUAACCAAUACCUCCUAUUAUUUACCCGCGCUCUCUAAGUUACACUAAAUUUAUUAAUAAACGAACUCUCUUAAAUUCUCUUCUCUGUUUGUCAAACUUAUUAACACCUAUAUUGUAAGGAAGUCACAAAAUUUCCUUAACACUCAGUAUCUUCUGAUUCGAUUCUUACUCUUUAAUAUCCCGCAUUUCCAACUUGGUUGGAAAACCCUCAGUUCUAGAAAACCUUGUAAAUCUCUGUAUUUAAAAUGAGACAAAAUACAAUUUUACAAUUUAUUAAAAUGGUAAAAUCUCUCAAAUAAACAAUCAAUAAAUUCUAAACUCUGUCUCAGUCUGUCUCAAGUCACCUAAAUCUGUCUAUAAACAACUUUUCUCACAACUUUUAUGUUGGAAAAUCAAUCAACACUCAAAAAAGUAUAAGUAAUUCCUGACUCCCACUCUUUCUCCCAGACCUCCUGGAUGAAAGUAAAAACCAAUAACUAAAACUUAAACCCUUGAACUUAAUUUCUUAGUGAAUUUCCAACACUAUUGAAAUUCCUGAAUAAUUUCUAAAUCUGAAUUCCAACAAGUCUGAAUUCCAGUUAUAAAACAACAGCAAAAUUUAGAAAUACACUAGCUUCCUCAGCUAAAUGUAUAAAUUAAACUAAUCUAAUAAUAAAUGAAUUUCAAUAAAUUCUCUACCUAAUUAUCUGACACAAAUUUACUAAAUAUAGCAAAUUUGUCUAAUUCCUCACUAAAAGUCACUUAACUCAACCAAACCUUCUCAGGAAAUUCCACAAAUAAUUCCAAAAGAAACCAAAAAUGUGCUGGAAAUAUACCUAGCUCUUCUUAAAAUAAAAUUAAAGAGCCAUUCUCAAGUCUAAAUACAAAAAUGCCCAACCCAUGCUAACUGCUAACUUCUAACUCCUUAUCCCUGAAAUGCUGCUUCCCUAAACAAAUGAACCUAGCUCGCAGAAGAACCAAAAUUCCUUGAAUCUUUCCCUUUUAUACAAAAACAUGACGUAAAAGUUAGAAAACGUUGGACACGUUGGAAAAUGUCGGAGAAUCUCUCGUGACAUUUCCCAUAAGCAGCACAACUCGUGGAAAAAUCUUCUAAGUACAUACAAGACAACUAUUCUGAAUUUAAACCAUCACUAAAUACAUUCCUAAACUGAAAUAAGUAAAUUAUUAUCCAUUUAAUACAACAGAUAACACGAUUAACUCCAGAAAAUACCAAAGCUAUCGUAACUUUUACGAUCGGGCUUAACCUCCGUUAAUUAGGACAACCAAGUCUGUAAACAAAUUAUACCAGUUUACAACAGGACUAUAAACCAUCGUAAAUCAACUGGAAACAAGUUAAACUACAGGAAAACAUGUCAUCAUCCAUAAAGCUAUGGUUUACUUCCUAUAGGAUACCCAUUUAAAGUCCCUGGCAAAUUAAGUAAGCUAAAAUUCUACAACUUUGCCACAGCUUACGAUCAGCUGAUUUCUACUAAAGUCAAAACAUGUGCUCAAACUAUUUCAACACAUGCAAAACACUUAAACUUAUCAAUAAUCACCUGUCAACUACAUUAAAAGCAUAAAUUAUACAUAUUCCUGCAAUGUCAAGUCAAAAUACUCAAAUACUUUCCAACAAAUGUCAUCAAUAAUCAGGUUCAAUAACUCUGUAUGAAACUAAUCUGUCAAAUCACUGGACUGUUACAC